AUGGGGUCGUUUGACGGCUGGGCCCAGCUCCACCGCCUCCACCGCGGCAACCAGUGGCUGCUCAGCGUCGCCCUCCCCAGCCGCCGCCAGCUCGAGUUCCGCUUUUUGAACCGCGACGGCAAGUGGGUCGUCAUGCCCCACUACCAGCACCUCAUGGGUCCCGACGGCAUCGCCAACAACUUCAUCGAGGGCGCCGCUCUCAUCAACGACAACGACGACGCCCUGCUGGCCCUUUUGGGCUACACCCACUCCGACUUUGUCACCAUCCAGGACAUCCCCCUCUGCCUCGUCGAGCAGCUGCUGACGAUCACCGAGUCGAUCUCCGACUGGGUCACCGACUCGGCGACGUCGCUCCAGCAGCCAACGGCGAUAGAUCGCGCCGAACCGAUUGCCCUUUCGCCGAUUACCCUUAGACGGCCCUCAUUGGCGGCUACCUCUACCGGGACUCCAUUUACUCCAAUGACCGUCGAUGCCACCUCGUCGAUUAUCCCCGAAAGCACUACUCUGAGCUAUGCGUUCCUCUCCCGUGUAUACAACGCCCCACCGUCAAGCACCACGUCGCUGCCGCCGCCGCUGCUUGCCAGCCCCCGCACGUUGGACCCGAAAGCGAAUGCGACGAUAAACCUCGCCACGCUGCCGUUCCACUCCCCCAACUUCCGCGACUACUCCACCCCGUUGGAAACUGAGUUCUCGCCCAAACUCAAAAAGUACUCGACGGCAGAGUCGCGAAGGUCGCCCAACGGACGCCGGUUGUCGACGCUGGAGCCCCGCAAGUCGCCGGUGAUGCCCCCCGAGUGUGUCCGCACCACCACCGGCGGCCUGCUGCGGACAUUGACCCCGGGCGACCGCAAACUGCUGGUGCCGUCGUUUAAAGAAAACUACAGCAUGAAGGAGGCGUUCCGCACCGCCAGCCACGCCCUGUUUAAGGAAGCGUCGCAGGUGAAAGGCCACUACUACGCCGGUCUGCUGCUUCCUCAGCGGCGCUCAGUGCACAAAGGCGCUGACGUUGAGCGCACGCUCUCCGCUCCCGUGGCACCGCCGCUCCCGUUACAAGACCUCCAGAAGAGUGCCACCGCCCCCCAACCGCAGCCGCUCCCGGAACCCGCCGAGUCGCUCACCUCCGCCCACGAAUACUCGACCCCGCCGCUGCCGCCGUUGUCGCCGCCAAAGUUCAUCCCUUACUGCCACCAGCCGCAGAAUAACCUGCGGUGGUCCCACGCGGUUGAGGUGGUGGGUGGAGCCGGCUCUACUCCGCCACCAGCCCAGAAAAAGGCCAAGACGAUCGCUCUGUUCUUCGCGUUGCUUUUCAAAGGGCCGACCCGCGACGACGAAGGCAACGCCAUCCUCAACCAGUACCGCACCAAGCAGGCUAAGCUUAAAAAGCGGCAGAGCAACGGUGACUUCACCCGGGUCAAGUCGAACCCCCUUCUCAACAAGUACCGUCUGCAGGGGCAGAAGCCACCCCAGCGUCCCGGUGCCGAUAUGAACCGUGUCCGCCUGGCGCCGGCGCCGCCACUGGUGGUUGCCGAUAAGUCACCUAAGCGCGAGUCUCGCCUCUUCUGCCUGAAAGACAAGUUGCGCAAUAUUUGCAAAGUGCCCCUGAGGAAUAAAGCUAAUGGCAGCGCCAAUGGCAGUGCCAACGGCAGUGCCAACGGGUUCUUAAGCGGCUCCGCCUUUGGUCCCAUCUCGGCGCCCAAACCCGUGGACGAACCGCUGCUGCCAAUUACCCGGCCGCCUUCAUACACGACGUUCAAGCAGCCGCAAAAGCUCGACAACCUCAACCCGCCAGAACGCCUCCACCGUCGCAGCCGCAGCCGCAGCCGUAGCCGCCCUCGGUCUCGCGCCGAACGGUUGCGGGAAGCAGUGAAACCGGUGAUGACUUACCACGACUACCUGCUGAGCGAGGAGAGCGGCGAGUUCCUGAAGACGUGGACCAAUCGCCUGGCGGCGACCGCAGCCACAACGGUUACUCCCGUCACUCGCAGCGUUGCCGGAGGAAGCGUGCCCCUGCCCACGGGCGAUAAGCCGUUGGCGGUCCCCUACCGCGGGAAGAUCCACAUCCCCGAGCUUCGGCUGCCGAUGAUCCCUCGCUCCGCAAGUCCCGAUCUGAGUGUCGACGACUUCCGUAGUGUCUACACUCAUUUCCGGGACAGCCGCAGCAAGGUGAACGCGGUGUACGGCUACGGCUUCGACCUGAAUGACCUGUUUGUCGAUGCCCACGCCCUGCGGUCGCUGUUCCACCUGGCCCGUCCCGACCCCGACUCCUACUCCGACUACCCCCUCCCCUCCCACAUGGCGGACCUCUCCAGUGCUGCCGCGGUGAAAAGCAUCUAUUACUGA